AUGACUCAGCAGACAAGAAAUGGAAGGAAAUUCUCAUCUUUCUUAGGAAUUCCUUAUGCCGAACCUCCGAUUAAAGAUCUUAGAUUUAAGAGCCCUUUACCCGCAAAAUUAUGGAAUGGAGUACGAAUGGCAAAUGUAGAUGGAAAUGAGUGUCCACAAAUGCGUGGAACAGAAAUCGUUGGCAGUGAGGAUUGUCUCUACCUGAAUGUAUUUACACCAAAUGUGUUUAAAGCCCAUUAUUUACUACCAGUUAUGGUAUGGAUUCACGGAGGAGCCUUCGUUGGAGGAAGUAGUAAUUCCAGCAAGUACAAUCCCGGCUACCUUUUGAACAAAGAUAUUGUACUCGUGACCCUAAAUUAUCGCCUUGGAAUUUUUGGUUUUCUCUCUACAGGAAACAGAGCGGCCCCAGGAAACUUUGGUUUAAAGGAUCAAGUUCUGGCACUCAAUUGGGUUCAGAGAAAUAUUAAAGCUUUUGGAGGAGAUCCUAACCGAGUUACGUUAUUUGCACAGAGUGCCGGAGCGGCUUCUGUCAGUCUCCACGCACUUUCAAAUGCAAGUACUAGCUUCUUUCACCAAUACAUCACACAAAGUGGAAGUUCACUUGAUCCGUGGGCUUAUCAAAAAAGAUCUUAUUUUGAGCCCUUUGUUCAUCAAUUAGCUUUCCUAGUAGGUUGUCCAGCAAUUUUUUCGGAAACUCUCGUCGAAUGUCUGCGAACAAAAAAAGUCGAUCAGUUACUCUCCACCAGCUCAGUAUUUGGAACAAUUGCACGAUUUGCCCAAUUAACGUGGACACCCACAGAUGAGCCAGAAUCAGAAGAUGCGUUUUUAACAGACAGUCCUGAAAAUCUGAUAGCCAAAAAUAAAGUCAAAGAUUGUCCUUUCAUUACUGGAAACGUUGUUAACGAAGGCUUUUUUAUUACAGAACUUAUGUACUCAAAUAAGCGUAUUUACGACACCGUAAGGUUUGGCUUGGACUUAGUUCUCAACUACAUCUCGAGUUAUUAUCUGAAACCUCGAAAUAAUUAG